GCUUCAUCAAUAUCUAAUCAACAUCAACCCCAAUCGAAUCGAAUCAAAUCAAAUCAAACAAAAUGCUCCGGAACAACAGCACCUCGUUUUGGUUUGGCCUUUGCCUCCUGUCCACCUUGGCCAGUACCGCUGCUGCAGGUGGUGCCGUGCUGAGGCGAGAUGACUUGCCGACACCCGUGGCGGCGUCCGAAUCAACCGGAACUACUUGCGAGAACCCUAACCAGACGACGGGAUACCCAGACUACAACUCUUUCUGCCAAUGCCCCCCUUACAGCCCCGACUCCCCGGAAUUCGGAAACCCGUAUCUCGGUCUAGUUAAGUGCGACACCAAGUGCAUUCCCGCCGUCGCCUCUCAGACCUUGAUUCGACCGGAGAACGACAGUCUGGACUCUUGCAUGAAGGCUUGCACCGGAUCUUUCGAGAAGGCUAAGCGUGGCGAGCUGAGCGAGAGGCAGGACGGUGACUACUGGUUCUGCCACGGUGUGAACUUCGUUCAGGGCGAACUUUGCGAGUUUAUUGGCUCGCUCGGCUCUACUGAGUUUGUUGAGGGCGGGUCGGACUGCCUGUACAUCAACGGCCUCGACUCUUGAUCACAUACUUACGGCACAAACGCUUGCGACCCUUAUAUUUCCAACUUAAUAACCGGAAGCAUAUACGCCGAGUAGGCAGUCCCAUGUUGCUCCGCGGCCUGGUAAACGAAGCGACUAUAUUUCAAGAUUGGGUAUAUUGUAGUUUUGUCUGGGC